CUACAGCCUUAAAGUGAUUAUAAAAAUGUACAUCAGGGCUUUGUGUUACCCACUGUACUGUACCAUAUCACAAUUGAUUCAUAUGUUAUUUCAGCACCCCCUUGUGGUGUUGAUUGAACACUGCAGGAGAUCAAAAUGCAGAUGUUUAGUCAUUAGAUGGUGCUGUUUUCAGGCUGCUGACAUACGCACGUCUCUACAGAGUUAAUUUUUGUUUUUUAAAUUUCAGUGACAUCAUUGGUGUGCUUAUAUUCCCAAGACACACCUGACAAGUAAGGAUCCCUUGUCAUUAAAGUCCAUGUAUAAAGGUUUGUCCAGGAUACCUUUUUCUUACCAGUAUUGCUCAUUGAGGACCCCUCAAAGCGCGCAAUAGGACACUGAAAAUGGUGGAGAAUUCGACAGGAAUAGUGGAUGGCAGCAAAUGGUCAGAAAUUCUCUCAUUCGGGCCUCUCAUCACAGAGGUGCUGGUGGGCAUCUUCUUAUACAUCAACGGCCUCAUGAUCUUCACCUUCUUCAUGAAGGAGGCCUUUCGCACUGAUACCCGCUAUAUCCUUUUUGCCCACAUGCUCUUUGUGGAUUCCUCACUGCUGGUGGUGACCAGCUUGAUUGCGCUGCUGACCUACUACAGAGUGACGAUCCCCUAUGAGUCCUGCAUAGUGCUCAACUUGGUCAUGAUGUGGCUGGAAUUUUCCACGCCUCUGACCUUGGUGGCCAUGUGCCUGGAGCGCUAUGUGGCUGUGUGUAAGCCCCUAAGGCACGCUGCCAUCUCCACGCCGAGGAUUAGAGUGGUGGGCCUGCUCCUCAUUUGGGGGCUGGGCUGUGUACCUGCCCUCGUCAUCCUCCUUUCCUUCGCAGCCUUGGUCUCAGUGAAGCAGCUCACCAUGAGAGUCUUGUGCUCCUUGGAUGCACUGAUUGUGAUUGAGUGGCAGAAGUACCUCCAAAUUGCUGUGUUCAAAUUCUAUUUCUUGCUCAUGUCCAUGGUCAUCGCCUUCACGUACGUCAAGGUGGCUGCGGCUGCCCGGUCUGCCUCUGGUAAAAACAGCAAGUCAAGCGCCAAAGGUACGAGGACAGUGGCUCUCCAUGCCAUCCAGCUUCUCCUUUGCCUCAUACAGCUACUUACGCCUUUUGUGGACAUGGCUCUGCUAAAGAUCAGCGUGGUGAUCUACAUCUAUAUCCGUUUUGUGAAUUUCAUAAUGUUUGUGAUAGCGCCGCGUUGCCUGAGUUCAUUGAUCUAUGGUUUGAGGGACCAGAAUUUCUUCCAGGCAUUGAAACACUAUGCUGUUUGUGGCCUGGAUAAGAAGGUUCAACCAGCUGCUUCUCAUUCCAGGAAGGUGGAUCUGAGGCAUUAAUGUGAAGGAAGCAAUGAGAGACACUGGAUAAGACUGGAUAAGACUGUAUAUAUUGGCUAUUGUUAUUAUUAUUGUCCAUCCAUCCAUCCAUCCAUUUUCCAAACCGCUUAUCCUACUGGGUCGUGGUUGGUCCGGAGCCUAUCCCGGAAGCAAUGGGCACGAGGCAGGGAACAACCCAGGAUGGGGGGCCAGCCCAUCACUGGGCACACUCACACACCAUUCACUCACACAUGCACAGAAUUUAGCAACUCCAAUUAGCCUGAGCAUGUUUUUGGACUGUGGGGGGAAACCGGAGUACCCGGAGGAAACCCCACGACGACAUGGGGAGAACAUGCAAAC